AUGCGCUCCUUCAUUGCCGUCGCAGCUCUCGCUGCCUUCGCUUACGCCGCUCCUGAGCCAAUCUUCGGCCAGAGCAAGAACGUCGCUCGUGACGAUGGUUCCUGCAUGAGCUCUGCCGAUGCCGACCAGGUUGCCAUCAACUUCCAGAACUUGAUCUCCAACUACAGCAGCUCCCUCGCUGAGGCCUCUCUCACCACUGGCUUCCAGGACUACUCCGACUCCGUCACCUCCCUGAUCGAUGCCGGCUGCACUGGUCCCCAGCCACUCGGCUCCGUCACCUUCGCCUCCCGCGAUGCCUUCAUCGCCGGCCAAGGCUCCCAGCCAAACAUCCCCUUCGAGCGCUUGAACUUGUGGUACGGAUGCGACGCUGUCUUCCUCCGCUGGCGCACGACUAUCGCCCCUGGCGCACCUGAGUUCGUCACCGGCAUCAUCGUCCUCGAGACCACCCAAGCCGCAGCUGGCUCCGAGAACGCCUGGUUGAUCAACACCGUCUACUCCGAGUUCAACAGCGGUGCAUGGCUCGUCGACCUUGGCACCUUCGUGCCAUCCAACUGCACCAACCCCAGCCGCCGUCUCCUCCGCAACUAA